CUCCCGCAUUUGAGCAAAGUGAAGAUGUUAACAAAAACCGCUCCCUUAUUGGUUGUAGCUGCUAUUUUGUUUGAUGGUGGGCUGUGUGAUUGCUACUGUGAUGACUUUCGUUACUUUUCAUGGAAUUUUGGUUUCUCACUAAAUAUCUCACUCAAUGAAACUGAGAUUCUUUGGGAGAUUGUCAAACCUAAUGGCGAGUAUGAAGUGUACACUGUAGCCAACUAUAGUGACUAUAGACAUGGAAGACGUGAGAGUAUUACAGAGAGAGGACUGUCAUUUGGAGGGUUUUGCGAUUAUGAUUGUUAUGUCGGCCUGACAAUAACUCCGACAGAUCUGAGGUAUAAUGGAGCUCAAAUCACAGGAAUUGUGCGUCUUCCUGAGUGUUUUAACACUUCCAACACUACCAAUACUACAACCCUUGGAAUACAAGGUAUCCUAAAAGCUCCCACUGAUGUAAGUGUUGAAGCAGUUGGAGUUGAUAGCAUUAAUGUGUCAUGGAGUGCUCCAUUCACCCUGGAAGGAGUCCCCAUACUCCACUACAGUGUCUAUAUCACCAGUCAGGGAGUCUCAGAACAGAGAAACACCACUGAAACACACAUCACUCUGGAGAGACCAUGUGCCAGCACCACCUACCAGAUCAGUGCAUGGAAUGAAGUGGGAGAGGGAAAUGCUACCAGAAAUGCGUACCCAAACAUUAUGAAAGCAGCCAUCAAAGCUACGAGUGAGCUCUCAAAAACUGUAAUGUGUUUUUCCUGUACAUUUUUGGCUGAUUCCACUGCUGAUGGUUGUGCAGUCACAAUGGAAAACAACAAACAUGUUUUCGUUUUCAAUGUCACCCGAACCAACAACAGUGAUGACAACCUUGUACUGCUGGAAUGUUUCUCAGUUCCAGAAGGAGGGGAGUACAGUGUCAGUGUCCAUGAGAUACAUAACGGUGUUCAUGUUUGCACUCAAGUGAACAACAUAACAGUUUGGAUAACAGAAAGUUCCUCUCUUAUUCAUUCAAGGGUUAAACCAGUGAGUGGAUGGAUAUGUGCCUUUUGUGUUUUCACAAAUGGCUCUACUGCUAAAGGAUGUGCGAUAACACUUUUCAGUGAUCAGAUUACAUUCAACUACACGAUACCUCGUCACUCAACUUAUGACAUAGCAUUACAGGAAUGUUUCAAGGUGCAACAAUCAGGAUCAUACCAUGUACUGGUAUCAGAUAUACUAAUGGAUGGAUCAGAGGGCUACAAUACACUAGAGCUACCUGAUGUCACUAUAGCAUUAGCCUCUGCAACUGACAAUACUGCCAAGCAAGAAGAUGGUAGGCCCUACUACCAAACCAGCAUUAUAGGUGGAGAUGUGUUUUUUAGGGACUCCAACAGUAGCUGGACUUUCUGCUGUCCUUUGUCUAACAUCGAUGGGCUUGAUUAUAGCAGUUUUACUUGCCUCUAUCCUUUUCCUUAAGAGAAGAUCAAAAACUUGGAGAAAGAACAACGGUAAGCCACUUGAAUGCAGAGUCUACCUGCAUAUGUGAGAUGUUUUCUCCGAGCCUAUCACAGAUGCUGACAUUAGCUAUAUUUGUGUUUUAAUUUUACAAACAUGCUAACAGUUUGCACAGAUUCAGAAUGUACCACAGACCAACAACAACCAGCCGCUGUGACAACUGCUCCACUGUAUGAGAACACCCAACUUGUACAACCACCAUCUUCCUCAGUCACUGAUGGUGGAGACAACAUGUAUGAACAUGUGGAGCUGAGGCCUAUCACUGGACAAGAGAAGGAGAUUGCAGUGGCUCCUAAUGCUGCGUAUGGCACUGUUCGUAGAUAAACACCACAAACGAAAUAAGUGAAACAUGUCUAGACUGAGUGUGUGUGAAGUGUUUAGUAUGCUGUGAAAAGACUGAUAGCUGUACUUGUAGCCGAUUCUUGAGGCGCUAACAGUGCAAUAAAUGCCAUACUAUGAACAUUUGGGAAACUUUGAACAGUUUAAUUUAUUGAACGGUUGUGCACAGGCUGGCCAACUGUCCC